AUGCUCUCGCAAUUUUCCUCUUGUCCCACUAAGGCUCAUCUAGCUGCAGUCCAUCGCGUCCUCCGUUACCUCAAGGGUACCCUCGAUUGGUCACUCUUCUACGCCAAAACGCGACCAACUGCACUUAUCGGCUACAGCGACGCAAGCUAUGCCUCCGACAUCGACGAUCGCUGCUCAUUUACCGGCCACUGCUUCAUGCUAGGGGAAGCUCUCAUCUCCUGGCGCUCUUGUAAGCAACGAUCCGUCGCCACCUCCACCACUGAGGCGGAAUACAUGGCUCUCUCGGACACCAGUCGACAACUGAUCUGGUUGAGGAAUGCAAUCCACGAGCUGGAACAAAAACCGAACCUGUUUUUCAUUCUCCGCGGCGAUAACAACGGCUCUCUCUCUUUGGUUAAGAAUCCUGUCUUUCACAAAAGGUCUAAACAUAUUGACGUACAUUUUCAUUUUGUUCGGGAACAGUUUGAGGAUGAAUUAUUUGAACUGGAAUAUAUCUCUACAAAUGAGAAUGUGUCGGAUUUACUUACAAAAGGAUUGGAUAAGGGCAAACAUGUUUUAUUUUCUUCUACUAUUCACUGUGGCUCACAAGGGGAAGUCUUGAAAUAG